AGCCAACUCCCUGGCAUUCCUGUAACCUUCACCUUCCAUACUUCCAGAGGAAUCACACCCAUGGAGCCACGAAACCAAACCAAUGCAUCUGAAUUUAUCCUCCUGGGACUCUCAGAAAAGCCAGAGCAGGGGAUGCUUCUCUUUUCUCUGUUCCUCUGCAUGUACCUGGUCACAGUGAUGGGGAACCUGCUCAUUAUCCUGGCCAUCAGCAUAGACUCCCACCUCCACACCCCCAUGUACUUCUUCUUGGCCAACCUGUCCCUGGUUGAUUUCUGUCUGGCCACCGACACCAUCCCCAAGAUGCUGGUGAGCCUUCAAACCAGGAGCAAGGCCAUCUCUUAUCCCUGCUGCCUGACCCAGAUGUACUUCUUCCAUUUCUUUGGCAUCGUGGACAGCAUCUUAAUUGCUGUAAUGGCUUAUGACCGCUUUGUGGCAAUCUGCCACCCAUUGCAUUACACCACGAUCAUCAGCCCAUGCCUCUGUGGCCUGCUGGUCGGGGUCCCGUGGGUGUUUUCCUGCUUCAUCUCAUUCACCCACAUCCUUCUGAUGACCCGCCUCAUUUUCUGCAGCAGCCUCAAGGUGCCUCACUACUUCUGCGACCUUACUCCCAUCCUCCGACUUUCGUGCACAGACACAUCUGUGAACAGGAUUUUCAUCCUCACUGUGGCAGGGAUGGUGAUAGCCACGCCCUUCAUCUGCAUCCUGGCCUCCUAUGCUCGCAUCCUUGUAGCCAUCAUGAAGAUCUCCUCUGCAGGUGGCAGGAAGAAAGCCUUCUCCACCUGCAGUUCCCACCUGUCUGUGGUUGCUCUCUUCUAUGGGACCACCAUUGGGGUCUACCUGUGUCCCUCCUCGGUCCACACUGCUGUGAAGGAGAAAGCUUCUGCUGUGAUGUACACAGCAGUCACCCCCAUGCUGAACCCUUUCAUCUAUAGCUUGAGAAACAGAGACCUGAAAGGGACUCUCAGGAAGCUGGUCAACAGAAAGAUCACCUCAUCUUCCUGACCACCAGGACUCGGGAACUUCCACGGGGUAGAAUAUAUACAUCUGGGGGUCUUCAGCUAACAUCUGGAAUUGCAUGAGUUGAAAGAGUACACUUUAAAUUUUAUUAUUAUUGUUUAGAAAUAAGAUCUCACAAUGUUGCUCAGGCUGGAGC